UGAUAAACAUUUUACGACACGAACAUGGUCGAGACAACAAACGAUGCGAAGGUGAACAAUGUGAUAAAUUUGAACCCCUAGAAAAAGCUAAUGUAGUAAUCGUCGAUGAUGAUGAAAAUGUCUCAACACACAAUAGAUAUGAAAUCUUAAGUGACCAUCAAGAAGACAAUGAAAUUACAUCUACAAGCCAUGACACGAAUGAAAGCGCAAAAACAAAAAGCCGAAAGUCACAAGGGGGUAAGGAUAAGAGCCGAAACAAGAAAAGAAGCAAAGCAAGCACUUCUACAGUUAUUAUCGGGGACUCAAUGAUCAAACAUUUAGAUUCCCGAAGGCUGCAGAGAUCAAUAAAAGGUGAAGAGAGCAAAGUUUUUGCUGAAACCUACAGAGGUGCAAAAAUAUCAGCCAUAAAGCACCAUAUUAAACCAUGCUUAGAUAAAAAGCCUACACAAGUUAUUCUGCAUGUUGGCACGAAUGAUCUACCAGAGAAACAUCCGAGUAAAAUAGUUGACGGCAUUGCUGAAAUUUGCGAUAUAAUACAGACUGACAGCCCCUCAACGGAAAUUGUAAUCUCUGAAGUCAUACUCAGGACGGAUAGGGCAGAAUACAAGCAGAAAAUAGGUGAGACCAAUACCUUGCUUGCAAGCUUUUGCGAAAGCCGUAAUUUAUAUAUUAUUAAGCAUAACAAUAUUGGGGAACCGCAUAUUAAUCCGUAUGGCGUCCAUUUAAAUAGAGCUGGGACGUCCGUUUUAGCUAGAAAUAUUCUAGACUAUCUUAACAUGCAUGGCAAAAGUAAUUGAUGUAUAGCAGAGAAUAGCCCGACUGAGGAUUUUGAACCAGAUCAAAUUUCACUAAAUCAUUCAAAACACGAUAAUUCAAAUAAUGUUGAGGUGAGACCAAAUUCCUGUACUCGAAGUGAUAAUAAAAAUAUCAAACAAAUGAGAGGGUUCAAGAUUGCUCACCUGAAUAUCAGAAGUUUAAUAAAAAAUAUGGAUCAACUUAAGCUGUACUUAUAUUCCCAAAAAUAUGAUAUUAUUACCUUGAAUGAAACUAUGCUAGACAAUACUGUAGCAGACCAUGAAAUAGAUAUAAAUGGGUAUGAUAUUAUACGAGAGGACAGAAAUAGGCAUGGUGGAGGAGUAGCAAUGUAUGUAAGAAGUUCAAUAGACUAUAAAGUUAGGUAUGAUUUAAUGACGGACAAUCUAGAGACGAUCACAGUUGAAAUUUGUAAACCAAAGGCAAAACCUUUCCUAAUAAACACAUGGUAUAGACCACCAAAUACAUCUCUUGAACUCUUCAAUAGUUACGAAGAACUUGUGAAAAACAUGGAUUCAGAGGGUAACGAAAUAAUACUUAUUGGUGAUUUUAACUGUGAUUGGUCUCUGGAGAAGGAUAAAUUGAACUCGCAAACAAAUAAAUUAGUUGAUCUUGCAAAUCUAUUUCAACUCGAACAGUUCAUUAAGCAACCCACGCGAAUAACACAAACGACCAGGACCAUUAUUGAUUUAGCUUUUAGCAAUAGACCGGAAAUAGUAAUUGCAUCAGAAGUUGAGCAUUUAGGAAUUACUGAUCAUAGCUUAAUUUAUAUAUGCCGGAAAAUUUCAAUUCCUCGUAAGGAGCCAAAACUCAUAAGUACACGGCAAUUCAAAAAUUAUAGCAAAGAUGCAUUUUGUUAUGACCUACAUAAGAUAUUUCAAACGCAAUCAAGCCAAUCUCCUGAUCCUAAUUCACUAUGGCAGGAAUGGAAAACAAAGUUUCUAUUAAUUUCUGAUAUGCAUGUGCCUCAAAAUAUUAAGAGACAUAUCUACCACAGGGAUUUUCUUAAGAAAAAAGCGGUCAAAACUGGAUCUUCCAAUUUACAUGAUGCUUACAAAAGAGCUCGAAAUGAUUUAAAUAGAUUGAUUGAAAAGACUAAAACCGAAUAUUUUACGAGCAUAAUUAAUAAUACUGCUAAAAAUCCAAAAGAAAUGUGGAAGACAAUUAAUAAAAUUACAAACAAAAAGUCCAAGACAACAAAUAUAACUAAGAUCGUUGUUGAUGAUAAAGUGAUUGAGGAGCCAGAAGUUAUUGUAAAUACAUUUAACAACUUUUUCAAUGAAAUUGGAACAACCCUGGCUCAAAAAUUACCAGAAAGUACAAGGACACCCGAGUCAUAUAUUAAACCUGAGAAUGACUCUACAUUCGAAUUACAGAAUGUAACGGAGGUCGAGGUUUUUGGUAUAGUUUCAGCAUUAUCCUCAUCCAAAGCUACGGGCUAUGAUAGAAUAUCACCUAAACUUUUGAAAGACUCUGCCGGUGUGAUAACCUCUAGCUUAACUCAAAUAUUUAACCAAUCGCUGUUGACUGGUGUUUUUCCAGACGACUUUAAGGUCGCAAUUAUAUCACCAAUCUUUAAAUCAGAAAGCAAAUUAGAGUGCAAUAACUAUAGGCCAAUUUCAGUACUUUCAGUUGUUGCUAAAGCUUUUGAAAAACUUAUAUCAAACCAAUUAUCAACAUUUCUGGAAACAAGAGGCAUACUCACACAACAACAGGCAGGUUUUAGGAAGAAAAACUCAACAGAAACAUCGCUUUUAAAUUCUACUAACAAGUGGUUUAUUAACAUGGACAAAGGAUAUUUAAAUGGAGUUAUUUUCCUAGACCUUAAAAAAGCUUUUGAUUGUGUAAAUCAUGAUAUUCUAAUUAGAAAACUAAAGUUGUAUGGGGGCAGUGAAAAUACUCUUUGCUGGUUUAAAUCGUACUUAACAAAUCGACGUCAGAUGGGCAAAAUUGGUCGUACUAUAUCUCAGGAACGUGUUAUUCGCUGUGGUGUACCACAAGGCUCUACUUUGGGGCCGUUAUUAUUUUUACUUUACGUAAAUGACCUCCCAAGUUGCCUAUCUCAUUCAAUAGCUAGUAUGUUCGCUGACGAUACAAAUUUAACAACAUCUGGGAAGUCCAUAGAAGAUAUACAAAACCAGUUAAAUUCUGAUUUAGAAAAUAUUCAUACGUGGCUGUUAACCAACAAAUUGACUCUUAACAAAGAAAAAACUGAGUAUAUGAUAAUUAGCUCUCGGCAACGGUUAGCGAAAAUUGAUGACGAUCCGAAGAUAAGUCUUGACGGUAUUGAUAUAAAAAGAGUUAAACAAGCAAAAACAUUAG